CCCCUCCCUUCCCUCCUCUUCUCCUUCCACCCAUCCCACCCACACUCCUCCCACCAUGGACUGGCUGCUAUUCCUCCCCAAGCUCGUAGCUGAAGCCACACCCGAAUGGAUCCUCGAUGCUCCGCUGGCAAUGGCUGGUCUGCCUACGACUGACCUGUGCCGGACGUAUGUGGUUGCUGCUGUCAUGGUGGUGGUUGCUGGGCAGGUGGCGUACUCGCUCAGAACCUCGUCGGUCCGUCGUCGUGGCUCGUGUGUGGUGCUCCUCGGCGAGUCUGGGACGGGCAAGACAACGUUGUUCCAGGUCGCCGUGGCUGGUGGCGACUCCUCUGCCCUUCGCAAGUGCCAUACCUCUAUGGAGGAGAACCGUGGCCUGCUUCCGCUCGAGUGGCUCAAUGCCCAGUCUACGGCGGGCCCAGCGGCGCCGAGCGCAAGGCGGUACACCUUCCGCGCCGCCCUGCCGGUCCUUGAUCUGCCAGGCCAUCCCUCGCUGCGGUACAAGCUCCACCAGGCGGUAUCGUCUGCGGCGGCGGUGGUCUUUGUUGUCGAUGCGGUGGCUGCGGCUGAUGCCAAGGUUCUCCGCGUCACGGCCGAGCAUCUGUUCACCGUCAUGAAGGAGCCGGCGAUGGUGGCCAACGCCACGCCGCUGCUGGUCUUCUGCAACAAGGCCGAUGUGCCGUCGGCAUGCUCGCCUCUUGCUCUGGAGAACGCGCUCGCUGACGAGAUCUCCACCCUCAUUGACAUGCACACCUCGCGGCUGGAGGAUACCGACGGCGAGGACCCGGAUGCCGCCGCUCAGGCCGCCGCCCUUGCUGCCCUUCGCCCGCCCUCCGCCCGCUUUGACUUUGCUGCGGUGCCCUACACCGUCCGUUUCACCGCCGGCGCCGCUCUCACCGGCCAAGGCGUCGAUGAUCUCCGUGAGUUUGUCUCGCACGCCUUUGCGCAAUGA